AUGCUUUGGCAGUUUUGCCUACUCUGCGGGCUGUGGCCCAGCCAGGCACAUGUGCGAUUCACUCCAAGCACAACCUGGAGCAGCGUGCAACAGUACCCACCGCAACAAUGGCAGGCCAGGAACUAUAGUACUGUGAAAGCAGCCAGCAACGAACAAAACAUCAAGCUGCAGCCCGUGGCCCUGUGUGAGGCACAGGAUUUCCAGCACAACUACGAAGUGCUGGCUGAAGAUGGCCAGUCUAUCUUUGAACCGCAUUUGAAUCAUUUUGAAUGCACAAGAGCUGGCGAAUGGGCCACCAUGCGCGAUCUCUGCUUGGAUGAGUAUGGUCUGCCCUGGCGGCGACUAUGCAACGCCAAAGCCCAGUGGCAGCCACUCAAGCGACUCAACUGUCGCGCCGGCAACCAGCUGAGCCGGCAGCUCUACCAGCUGGGUGCCGAGCUGCUCGCUGCGGACAGCAGCAACCGCAGCAAACCGGUUCCAUUGAACCGGCUGCAAUAUUUAUUGAACCAGGCAAAUGGCCAGCUGUCACCAGUUGAUGUCUACAGCACGGCGCGUAUAAUUGCCAAGCUCUUGGAGCAGCAGCCAAAAAAUGCAGCUAUGGGCGCGGAUUUGGUCAGCAUUUGCCGAGAGAUUAUGUCUAGCGAUACGCAGGUACUGCGAAUGUCCGCACAGCUGAAUGCAACCAACUUACUUCUGAGUCAAUUUGAGGAAUACAUGGAUGCACUGCCGCAAGAGCUGGUGCCCAGCCACAGCUGUGGUCGAGCAGCUAGCGAAGCCUUGGUAUCGACUGACAAAGGCGUGGAAACACUCAACUAUGCGCAUUUGGGCGUGCAGGCACUGAUGAGCAACAAUCUGAGCGUAUUCUAUGUGAACCCGACAUGUGCAAAUAUCACAGGGAUUGCCAUUUAUUCAUCAGCAGCUGAAGAUCGGCAGGCAUCUGGCAGCGGCUUUUGGUAUCGCUUUCUUUAUACAAAUAUGAACCUGGAGAAGCUGAGAAGGGAGACAAAUCUAGAGACGGCCACCUACGUGCCGGAGCAGCUGUGGCGCCAGCUGAAAGAGCGCAGAGCGUCCUACGUCAUACUCAAGGUCUACGCCCAUGCCGGACUCUUUGUGGAGGCGGCCGAGCAGCGCAGUGGGCGACCACGCAGUAAAGUACUAUCCAUAUCAAUACCCGGACUUGAAGGAGUUGGCUUACCGUCGCCUUUGCCCUUCUUAUUGCCAAGGGGGAAGACUUUUGGCGAAGGCAGCCGCUGCGGCUAUUGGAACUAUAAGAGCUGGUUAAGUGAUGGCGUCACCACUUGCACUGAUAACGGCGCGGAAGAGUUCAAUGUGCUCUGCCAGGCACAGCAUUUGACGCAGUUUUCGUUUCUGAUUGGUGGCAGCCACGCCCAACUGCAGCUGGAAAAUGUUCAACUGCUGCUGGACAGGACCCAUGAGCAGCUGCUGGACAUGAUCAGCUAUGUGGGCUGCGGCCUGUCGUUGUUUGGACUCUUGUGCAUCUUUUUAACCGCAGCGCUGGUCAAGAAGUGGCGCAGUCAGGCCUCUACUAAGGUGCUGCUGCAUCUUUGCCUGGCGCUGGCCCUGCAGCUGCUGCUCUUUGUCUAUCUCAGCGGUGGCGACGACUGGUUGACUCUGGAGCAGAACUGGAAUCGCUGCUUGAUUUUGGGCGCUGCGCUGCAAUACUCUGUGCUGGUAAUCUUUAGCUGGAUGCUGAUCAUAGCCUUUCUGCAGUUCCAGCGUUAUGUUACGGUUAUAGGCGUGGCCCGCCCCAACCAUUAUAUACUCAUAUCAGCACUGAUUGCCUGGACUUUGCCUCUGCUGCCCACCCUUUCGGUUGUGCUGCUCGACGCCAAGUCAUUUAAGCCAUCGGCGUAUCAGUUGAAACACCAUGCGGCUUUCUGUUAUCCCUCCGGCUAUGGCCUGGCCCUGGGCGUGGUUCUGCCCAUAGCCUUGGUCACCAUCGCCAAUGCAUUCAUGAUGAUCUGCAUCAUUUACAGCAUACAGCGUGCGCUCAAUCCUCGACGCCAGUUAAUUGUCCAGCAGCUUCGCCUGUCUGUGCUGCUGUUCUUUUUGCUGGGACUCACAUGGAUCUUUGGUCUGUGCAGCUACAUGCACCUGAGCAUUAUAUUCUCCUAUCUCUUUUGCCUCACGGCCACGCUGCAAGGCUUUGUGCUUUUUGUGUAUUUUGUGCUUUUGAAUAAGACGAAUCGAAACGCCUGGCUGAAUCUGAUGUGUCCCAAACAUUUUAAGUUAAAGGUGACAAAAACGGAACAACAAUCGAUGACCAUUUCAUCAAGCAACACUUCCAGAAGAACGCAAUCCUAACUUAAUGUAAUCCAUUUGAAAACUUAAGUACUUUUUUCUUAUUAGCAACACCGAACAAUAUGUGGACAUUUUUUCAACAAACUUUUACAGACGUAAACCCAACUUAUGCCAGCAUGCCAUUUUUGUCCAUUAACAAAAUAUGUUUAUAAAAUAUGCAACUCAAGAUACUUACAAGCAAACGAACCUUUAAAGCUUAUUUAAGGCACAGCACAUAAUACCAUAAUAAAUUAUAACGAUAAUUAACACCGUAUAUA